AUGUCCCAGGGAUCCAACAUCGAAUCAACACCAGAGCUGCUACACCUGUGUGUACCCGUCAAUGGCGUCUUCCACAGGCCACUAAGGACACCAUUCGACAUCACCAUGGCUCAGUCCAGUGGUUCUUAUUAUCGCAACCUGAAUGCUGUCACUACCUCGGACACUUACCCUCUACCACGUAUUGAAGAGCUCAUAGACGAACUUGGUCCUACUGAUACUUUCACGACCCUAGAUGCCAGAUCAGCCUAUUGGAGCAUUGAAGUCCACCCUGCUGACAGACCCAAGACUGCAUUUAGUGAUGGGUAUCGACUCUUUCAGUUCUGCAGGCUACCCUUUGGUCUUAGCACGGCACCCACCACUUUCCAAAGAACUAUUAAUCUUGUGCUUUCUUCUGUCCUGGGACGGCAUACCCUUGUGUAUUUGGAUGACAUUAUAGUUUAUUCCAAGGGCUUUUCACAGCACAUAAGGGACUUACAAGAGACUCUCCAGCUACUUUCUGCAGCUGGGAUGAAACUAAAUCCUGAAAAGUGCAAGUUUGCAAACACUACCAUCAACUUCUUAGGUUUUACCAUUUCGCCUGAAGGUGUCCACCCAGACCGUGACAAGGUUUCUGCAAUUUCAGACACUCCGGUUCCAUGUACCAUCAAGGAGGUGCGUCGGUUCCUUGGUGCUACUGGGUUUUUCCGUAAGCAUAUCAAGGGCUAUGCCACACUUGCAGCACCCCUACAUCUUCUACUGAAGAAAGGACAGCAUUGGGAGUGGGGGAACCAGCAGCAUGAAGCCUUCAUCAAACUUAAGGAACACCUGGUAUCUGCUCCUGUCCUCAAGCAGCCUGACUUUACCCGGCCUUUUGAGCUCCAUACCGACGCCAGCAGCAUCGCUAUUGGAGCAGUUCUUCUUCAGCGAGAUGAUGAUGAAACACCUCAUGCUGUAGCAUACUACAGUAGGAAGUUGCGGGACUCUGAAACACGCUAUCCUGCUGUUGACUGUGAGGCAUUAGCUGUUGUUGAAGGCAUUCGUGUCUUUGAUUCCUACCUGUAUGGACACAAAUUUCUCAUCCUAACUGAUCAUCGUCCUUUGGUUUACAUUUUUAAGCACCGUACAAAAUCACCAAGGAUGACCAGAUUUGCACACGAUCCCUCCUUUUAUGAUUUCGAGAUCCGGUACAAGGAAGAAUUCGAGCUCAAAGAUGGAGUCCUCUACAGGUUACGACAUCUACCUGAUAAGAUCAUAUAUCAGCUAUGUGUUCCAGAAAGCCUACAUAGAUCAGCUCUGAAGGCAGCACAUGAACCACCUCUUGCAAUGCACCCUGGAAUACACAGGACAUACCACAACCUGUGUAACAUGUUCUACUGGCCAAAUAUGCUCUGUGACACUCGCCAGUACGUUCAACACUGCCUUUCCUGCCAGCAAGCACAUGGGGUUGCACAGAGAGUGCCCAUGGCAGAAGCCCCUCUUGCACUUUAUCCUCUGGAGCGAGUAUCCAUGGAUAUUAUGGACCUUGGUCAAGCCCCCCUGAGAUGGGCUCUGACAAUCAUUGACCAGCAUAGCCGAUUUACACAGGUCAUUCCACUUAAGGACAUUACAGCCUCCAGAGUUCAUCGCUUUCUUGAAAGGACAAACCGUGUUGUCAAAGCUGCCCUGAGUGCUGUUGUUGGAGAUCAUCACCGGGACUGGCACAAGUACAUUCCAGAGCUUCGUCUUGCACUGAACUCUGCAAUUCAUAGAUCCACAGGGAAACAGCCACUUUACUUGCUUACUGGGCGUCAUGCUUACUUUCCACUUCAAAAGAUGCACAACAGGUUUACGGUAGAAGCUACAAUCAAAGAGCUAGAGGAAGGACAACUCGUCUGGUACAAGGAGAUGGUGCCCCGUCCUUUAGGACCGAAGUGGCGUGGUCCUACUCGUGUGUGCAAGCGGUUUGGUCCAGUCUCUUUUGAGAUACAACAUCUGGAAUCUGGUAAAGUUCUAAGGUCUCAUUUCAAUCACCUGAGGCCAUACCACCCUCCAGAGGAGCUCACCUAUCCUGAUCAAGAAGAACCAAGAGAUAUGGAAGAGGUUCCUGAACCAGAUGACCCAUGGAUAGCCAUUCUCACUACCUGUGUACUGGAUCCUGUUCUCAAACACGGAUCUGAGUGA